UCCGUGUGGACACGUCAUUGAUUCGAACAAGGAAGGCGACCGGGCAGGAAAAUAUAUUGACCAAAAAAAAAUUUUUUUUCUUUUUUUUUUACAAUUUACACCGUAAAUUUCAGCGUAAUCACAAACGAACCAUGUCGAACUCGGUUAUAUCGGUUAUUUCUCGGUUCCUGGAGGAAUACGCCACCACGACGCCCAAUAAGCUAAAAGUAGUAGAUGCCUAUUUGCUGUACAUCCUGCUAACCGGGGCGCUGCAGUUCCUCUACUGUCUCCUCGUAGGCACCUUCCCCUUCAACAGCUUCUUAUCAGGCUUUAUCUCCUGUGUGGGCUCUUUCAUACUCGCAGUUUGUCUUCGUAUCCAGAUCAACCCACAGAACAAAGGAGACUUCCUGUCCAUCUCACCAGAAAGGGCCUUUGCUGACUUCCUCUUCGCACACACGGUUCUACAUCUUGUUGUGAUGAACUUCAUUGGUUGAAACAGCUGUGCAUCUCACCCAUGAUGAACAGACAAGAAGUUAUCGAAGCGCCCCUUCAACUCAGUAAACCAUGUCCUGCUGUGUGCCAUUGAAUUUGAGAUAAUCCCCACCAUUCUCAAAGAGCUACCACUUAUUAAAUGUGACCCUGUAAAGGUUUCCGACAGAUUUUGGUUCAUUCUUAUUUCUACUCUUUUUGACUAUUCAAACUGUAAAGCAUUCCCUUUCACUGAAAAUAAAAGCAACUGAGACGGUA